AUGACAAUUAGCCGCGAUGCCACUGUUACCACGACCUCUGACACUGUUCGUACGGAGCUCAAAUUGACGGCACCGACGCCUGACACUCUCCGCUACUUGCAAGCGGUUCUUGGUCUACGCUCCCACGACCUAUGCGACACGAAAAAUGCACAUGCCCCAGCUAAGCUGCCACCGGCAAAGAAGGGUUCUGCCAAAAGUCAGCCUCCUGUGAGAGCUGCCACCAGGAAACGUCAGAAACCAGGCGCAACGUUCGAGAUCCAUGAGGUCAACGAUGGUCGCCCACUCAACUUGUCGCAAAGCGACUGUCUCAAAAUCGCUACCGAGGCCUUCAACCUUACGCUGAAGAACCUCGCAGAGACUAUCAAGGCACUGAAAGGCGACCGGGAAUGUAGCGCUACCAGCCAACCGCCACUUCGUCCUCCCCAGGCUGACAGAGCUCUACACGAGCGGUCCGGAAAUGGGGAGAGGAGAAGAGAUGCCGUCGGUCCAAAGAAGACCCCCUCAUGUAUCAAGCCAAGUGAUCCCGAAGUGGUUGCCGAAUGCUGUUUUUCCGCUUUGCAGUACCUGCGGAAAGCUGACGCUGGAACAACGAGCCCUAACGCCAGCAAAAGUAUUGGGCUGGAGAAUGCUGCGUUGAUUCUUCUAGACAGGAGCAUCUCAUUGGAACUUGCGAGCCACGCUGUCUGUCAGCUGUCUGAUAUCCAACAAGUGUAUUGGCGAAGCUACACUGAAGGGAAUAUCGCCUUUGAGAGCAAUAUUGCGGGCUUUCUGCUCGGCCGGUCUGAUGCAGCGAACGACGAGUCCUUAUUCCGGUUUACAGCGUCCAUGCAAAGUCAAGCCCUCCGUCUUGCGCUAUUGAUGGGCCCCAAGUGUAUUAGCCCUGAGCUUGUGAAGUCGCUCGAACCCGACAAAGCUGGAAGUCCUGCCUGGAUCACCACAAGAGGACUGUCAAAAGGACGACUCAAGCCUGAGCAGGCCGGGCUGCAGCUUCGAACCAUAGCACUCGCCGUUGCUCGAAUGUAUGCAACAGCCAUUAAGUCAUGCUUGGAGAAGCCACGACCAGAAGUUCUUUUCCACCUGUUCUUCCUGUCUUUGCGUGUCAAAUUCGAAUCUUGGACACACCUAGGUGUCACACCCGAUCCAGCAGCCGAUGUAUGGCGACCAUUUCACCAUGCACUCAAGAAGCUGUCAACCUAUACCGGCGUUUUGGGCAUGUCGUCACGACAGGUCGGACACUCCGUUGUUUCGAUCCGGGAACUGCUUACGACCGCGGGGUGCAAACCUGACAUACCUCUUGAGCUUGCUGAGACACUAAUGGACACUAUGGAAGAUAAAGAUGGAGGUGGAGAACUGUUAUACAUUCUUGAAGAGAUUUUACCAAAGUCUGGGGACCUAAACCUCGUACUGCAUUGUCGGAUAACCACCUUACUGUUGAGGAAUGUCUCUCACAAUCUCCCAAAGGCGUUGAGCACGGUGGAAGUAUUGGAACGUGCUCUUAACGAGAGGACGGUAUUCUCACAACCAGAACUUGCCAGACUCCUUGUGCACCUUGCACGACUCCGUAAGGCGGUUGCGGCGCUGGUCAUGGCAGAUCAGACGGAAGGUCAUGUCCGCGCCCAUGAGGGUUGUCCCCAAGACCUUCAAAUUCGCCUUGUUCGCCUCAUAUAUGCCUCUUUCAGAUUUCUGAAACGCCAUAUGACAGCGGCAUUGACUCAGACGGCGGAGACUCCUCUAAAAAACAUCGAGCAAGCUUAUCUAACGGCCUUCAUAAAGACCAUCGAUACUGUCUUGUCCACGGAUCGCUGUGUUAUCACACAGACAUCUGAAUUGGCGCAGAUGGUGUGGGAGGCUCUUAAAGACUGCUCAGCCGCGAUAUAUGGUCUCCAGACCGACUACCAUUCGAUUCAGGCCCAAAGCUCAAUGGAGACUCAAUGCAAUCAGCUUCGACUACGGAUCUCCCAAAUUUCUUGGUCGCGGUAUCUAGCAGCCGUGAAACAGGGCAGACCGCCUCUGGAACAAGCAAGGAUGCUUGAGCUAUCACUCCAAGGCCUCCUCGAGUUGCCUUUGUCGGAUCAGAGAUCUGCACAUCUUCCACUCAAAUUCGAGAAACUCGGGCACUGUUUUCUGGAAUCGAACAACUUCGUCAUGGCUACAAGUGCUUUUCGGAAUGCCAUUUCUGCCACCAUCAAACAAGGCUUACUCAGUGACAUUGUGGAAUUGCUCUUGUCUGGGCCACUUCGCUGCGCAUGGUCCGAGCAAGACUUGAACCGCAAAGCGUUCGCAAAGGUACUUACCGCCUAUGCUAGGACUAUACUCGAUCAUCCACCACGAGACGACGUGAAUGAUUGCUUCUACGACGACCAUUCCCUGCCACCAAUACACCGAGCUGCUUUAAUAGAGAAACAGAUGCUUUCAAUUCUUGAGCUGGAUUUGGGUGAUCGCCAAUUCAGCGCUUGUGCUAGGAUGGCGGAAACGCUACAUCAGGUCUUGAGCCAGCCGGAGUACCAAGUGUGCAUGCUGAGAUCCUUCAGCCAUCUUCUUGGUCUCUGUCUGAGGAAGAGAACGCCAGCUUCGACUUUCCCAGUGAACGCUGCUGUUGUUCAAGACCUGUUGACUCGCGCGAAUGAAACAAAGGAUGAUGUCUUCCUGCGCAAAUUUGGGCCGGAACUCAGAUCGCUGCUGUGUCUUCAGCACGGUUUCUUUCGUGGAUCAAUUACCCAUCAAGAGCUCACCCAAGCGGUGCAGCACCUCUCCGACAUUGCCCACUCCUGUACAACUUUGGAGCAGACACAGAUGCUCUUUGAAGAUGUGAAAGCACAUGUUCUUCCACUUCUACUCGCAAGCGCCUACGCCAGCAUGAACGGCAACGACAACACUGCUCUGGUGGCUUUGGGGACACUGGAACAUCUGUCGAAUCUUGGAAUCGAGGCUCCGGGCCUCUGCAUAACAAGCAUUCUCAUGCACAAGAGCAGUAUCCACCUGCGGUUGCAGGAUGCCCAAUCUGCGGCAAUAUCGCUGGCAAUAGCGAACAAAAUGCUUGGAGACGCCAGGAUUGAACCGCUCUGUGCAGUCGAGCUGCUACUGUCAUAUUCUGAAUACCACCUACAAGUUUUGAAUCUCGAAGAAUGCUUACAUUGCCUGCUUCGAGCUAAGGGUGUCUGGGAAAGCCAGGACAUGUCGGCUGGACCAUCAUUGACAAAAUCCAAGCUGAGAGGACAAGGCCUGCUUUGCAGAGCAGCCUAUUUGGAGUCACAGCUAUCUUUCAAGCAGCAUCGACUUCUAGAGGCCAUUGUUCUCGCAAGACAAUCCGCCAAGAUUGCUACGUCUAUCUGGUCCUCAAUCAACAACUUGUGGGCUUCCGCAGCUUGUUCAAAAUCAACUGCUCCCGCAGACGCCGAGAUACACGACAUCUCUGCUCAAUUCUCGAAGCUCGAUCUGUCGAAGCAGCCUGCUUUGCAACUAACGGCGAGCUCAGUCUCCUGUACGCCAUAUGUUCGGUUAUGCUUUGAUGUCUUCCGACAUAUGGCAUUCUUGAUGUCUCAUUGUGGGAUUUAUCAAGAUGCUGCAACGUUCUAUGAGCAGGCACUGAAAAUAUCAAGGACAACAGGCCGUUCAGCCGAUAAAGCCAUUGUUCUGAGUGAGUUGAGUGUCCUGCAUGCUCGAGCGGGCCAGAUUGCAAAAGCCGGAGAGCUAACGCUGGAGUCCAUUCAAACGAACGUUCUUUACGCCUCAGAGUACCAUCAGGCACUCGCCCUAGUUAAUAGAGGCGAGGCGUAUCUGGUCAUGUCAGACCCUACAGCGGCUCACCGGUGUUUGGCAGAAGCAAAGCAGCACCGGGCUUCGUAUGCCAUCCAUAGUGACGAAAAUGUUGCCUGUCGGGUUCCGAAAGGCAAAAUCACCAGAUCCACUGCAAUGAAGCCAGGGAAGCAGGGCACAGCUGGUCGCCGAAAAGACAAUGAACUCAGCCUAACCACCACGUCGUGUGAAUCAUCUACACUCGAGGCCAGAGAUGUCGACGCGAGAAUAUCCGCCUUGGAAGCGAGACUCAUGUUCUUGGAGCGCGAGGCAGGAGCUGCGACAGGAUGCAGCAAUAUUAUUGGCUGCCACAACGACGAAGACGGACGACUGUCGAUUUCCAUGGCCCUCAACUUGGUUCAAGCUGCCUUGAAGCUUUUCUCUGAUGAUGCCACACACAGCGUGCUCGCUGAAACAGCCGUGGCCCUUCCUGUGAGGUAUAUAUCUGCAAGAAAGAGUGGAAGGGUGUCCUUCGUACAGGGUGCAGCUAUUGUGAACGCCAAAACUCGGGUCGCAAAGCAACAAUCAGAGAACAGCACUUUCAGAAACGGGAGCGCGUUAUUGCUUCAGGCCCAUGAUAUACUGCAGGGACUGAACGAUUCCCGGUCGAAUCGGCUCUCUACUGAUCUCGUUCACACCUGUUACAAGAUUCUGACGCAGAUAGCUCUGCUCUCCACUGCCUUGAAUCAGCCAUUGGUCCCCUCGUCACUCGACUUGGUAUUGCAUAUAACACGUCCGUUGGAUAUGGCACGGCUUCGUGAAGACUUCAUCACCUUAGCCGAGCUCAGCGCGACCCGAAGAACCAGAAUCCAGGAAUGGCCAAGCGCUGGUGAAAUCAAUAACGAAAGAUCCUUGGAACUUGACACAGCCAAGGGACUGGAUAUGGCUCUCCUGCCAGCUUCGUGGGCCGUGGUCUGCCUGGAACUAAGCGAAGAUAAGAACGAGCUCUUCGUAGCUCGCUUGAGGCGUCAGGCAUCUCCGUUCGUGGUCAGAAUCCCUUUGGCAAGACCAGAUCCGUCAGAUGGAGAGACCGACGAGCUCGACCUGGCCAGCGCAAAGAAAGAGAUGCUGGAGAUUAUCGCGAGAGCCAAUGCGACAGCACAUGAUGCCAGAGGGUCUUCAGCGGAUAAAUCAGUCAGAGCAGCUUGGUUGGCCGAGCGUCGAGACUUGGAUCAGCAGCUGUCAACGCUUUUGGAUAACAUUGAGAAUGUCUGGUUUGGCGGUUUUCGUGGAAUGCUCUGCGCUUCUCGCCGAGACGAGCGCCACCUUUUGGCCUUUGGACAACGACUCAACUCGAUACUGAACAGGCACCUUCCAUCCAGGCAAAAGACGUCGCGGUCAGGUAACUCCCCAGUCCAACUACACGAUCAUGUGCUGGAGCUCUUUGUUGGACUUGGCCACCCUCGAGAAGCCGACUUGGAGGAUGCGGUCACAGAUCUGUUAUACUUUGUAAUUGACAUCCUCCAGUUCAAUGGUGAGCGCAACGCAUACGAUGAGAUUGAUUUCGAUGCCAUGUUGGUUGAAGUAUUGGAUGGAUUGCAUGCCUACCAUGACGCGACACCACUCGGUGAUGACAAGGACGACCAUACGAUACUCGUCUUGGAUAAAGAGUUGCAGGCUUUCCCUUGGGAGUCACUCUCGUGCCUGAGAGGGCACGCUGUAUCGAGAAUGCCCUCGCUAGGCGCUAUAUGGAAACGGUUGGGAACGUUAAGUGAACAGUCGCCAGCCUUCGAAGCAUACAUGAUCCGGAAAACAAAGGGAGCGUAUAUACUCAACCCAUCUUCAGAUCUGAAGUCGACGCAAGAAGCCUUUGGCCAGAUCUUCCAAGAUCAGUUGCCUAGCUACAAAGCCAUCGUCAACCGGCCACCAGAAGCAGGCGAAUUUGAGACGGCGUUACAGGAGCACGACCUGAUGCUCUACUUUGGUCAUGGCGGCGCUGGGCAAUAUGUUCGGCCUCGCACUAUCCGUAAAAUGGACAAGUGUGCAACGACGCUGUUGAUGGGCUGCAGCAGCGCCAGGCUGUCCGAGUAUGGGGUCUACGAGCCAUCUGGCAUGCCUUUGAGCUAUCUCAGUGGAGGCAGUCCAGCAUUAGUCGGGACUCUUUGGGAUGUCACGGAUCGAGACAUUGACCGUUUUGCUUUGCAGCUUAUGGAAACUUGGGGUUUGUUGAAGGCACGAAGUGGCUCCGAAGGACCAAGUCUCAAAAAGUCGACGAAGAGCAAGGCAGAGAAGAGUCCAAAGCGUGGGCCGGUGUCCCUGGAUCAGGCUGUAGCAGACGGUCGAGAGGCUUGCAUGCUGAAGUAUCUCAACGGCGCAGCACCUGUCAUGUAUGGUGUGCCCAUAAUCUUGGAUUAG